AUGCUAUACGCCGAAGAAGACAAACUCAUCUUCCGCUUCGACGACCACCUCCUCUGGGUUGAGCCCUGGAGCAACAAUGCCUUCCGCAUCAGAGCGACAAAGCUCGCAGCCAUGCCCACAGAGGACUGGGCUCUAUCCAAGCCGGACUCUCAAACCCAAGAACCAAAGCCAACAAUCUCCCUCCCCGCAACCAAAGACUCAGAAGCAAGCAUCACAAACGGCAAAAUCCGCGCAGUGGUGACCAAACGCGGCAAACUGACCAUCUACAACUCCCAGACCAACAAGAAGCUCCUGGAAGAGUACGCCCGGCACAGACGCGACCCAACAGACCCCAAAUGCAGCGCGCUGGAAAUCGAAGCGCGCGAGCUCCGCCCAAUCCCGGCUACUAGCGACUUCCACCUCACGAUGCGGCUUGAGUCGCUCGACGCGCGCGAGAAGAUCUUCGGCAUGGGCCAGUACCAGCAGCCCGGGCUGAAUCUCAAGGGCGGGGACAUUGAGCUCGCGCACCGCAACUCGCAGGCGAGUGUGCCGUUUGCGCUGUCGUCGCUGGGGUAUGGGCUGUUGUGGAAUAACCCGGGGAUAGGGCGGGCUGUGCUGGGGACGAAUACGAUGAGUUUUGAGGCGUACUCGACCAAGGCGUUGGAUUAUUGGGUUGUUGCUGGGGAUCGGCCGGCGGAGAUUGAGGAGGCGUAUGCCAGAGUCACUGGGUAUGUGCCUAUGAUGCCGGAGUAUGGGCUUGGGUUCUGGCAGUGUAAGCUGCGGUAUUGGAAUCAGGAGCAGUUGCUGGAUGUGGCGAGGGAGUAUAAACGCAGGAAUGUCCCGCUGGAUGUUAUUGUUUGCGACUUCUUUCACUGGAAGCAUCAGGGGGAUUGGAAGUUUGAUCCUGAGUUCUGGCCUGACCCAGAUGCAAUGGUCAGAGAGCUCAAAGAAAUGAACGUCGAACUCAUGGUCUCCAUCUGGCCAACCGUCGAAACCGCCUCAGAGAACUACCCCGAGCUCCUCGAACAAGGCCUCCUGAUCCGCCACGACCGCGGCCUCCGCAUCGCCAUGCAAUGCGACGGCGACAUCACCCACUUCGACGCAACAAACCCCUCCGCACGCAAGUUCAUCUGGGAAACCGCAAAACGGAACUACUACGACAAGGGCAUCAAGAUCUUCUGGCUCGACGAAGCCGAGCCCGAGUACUCCAUCUACGACUUCGACAUCUACCGCUACCACGCCGGCAGCAACGUGCAGAUCGGGAACACGUUCCCCAAGGAGUACGCGCGGGCGUUCUACGAGGGCAUGCAAGGGGCCGGGCAGUCGGAUAUCGUCAAUCUGCUGCGGUGCGCGUGGGCGGGGAGCCAGAAAUACGGCGCCCUCGUUUGGAGCGGCGACAUUGCCUCGUCGUGGUCGUCGUUCCGGAACCAGCUCUCGGCGGGCUUGAAUAUGGGCAUUGCGGGGAUCCCCUGGUGGACGACGGAUAUUGGGGGCUUUCAUGGUGGGAACCCGGACGACCCUGCCUUCCGGGAGUUGUUUACGCGCUGGUUCCAAUGGGGCACGUUUUGUCCUGUGAUGAGGCUGCAUGGGGACAGGGAGCCCAAGCCCGAGGGCCAGCCGACGGCGCCGGGCGCGAGUAACGAGAUUUGGUCGUAUGGGGAGGAGGUGUAUGAAAUCUGCAAGCGGUAUAUUUCCAUCCGGGAGACGCUGAGGGGGUACACGAGGGGACUGAUGAGGGAGGCGCAUGAGAAGGGGACGCCGGUGAUUAGGACGCUGUUCUAUGAGUUUCCUGGGGAUGAGAAGGCUUGGGAAGUUGACUCGGAGUAUCUCUACGGAUCGCGGUACCUCGUCGCACCGAUCUUGGAGGCAGGACAGCGGAAGAUCUCCGUUUAUUUGCCUCGCGGUGCAUCAUGGAGACUCUGGGGUGGGGAGGGCGAUGGCGAACAGAGCAGUGGGGAGACCCACGAGGGAGGACAGGAUAUCGAAGUCGACUGUCCCAUUAAGUCGAUGCCUGUUUUCGUGCGAGUAUAG